CAAUUUGGAAAGUAAAAGUGUUUUUCCGUUUAAAAGAAACAUGAGAAAUAAGAAACGAAUUUCGUAUCUUCAAUCUCUAUUAAGUGAACAUGAAAAGUUAAUUGUGACUGUGGAUACCGAAGAAAAAAUUAACAUACAAAAAGUCUUAGACGACUAUAGGAAAGCAUUGCUUAAAGAAACAAAAUUAACUCAGCAGGAAAUUGAUAGUCUUUUUUCAGCUCAUGAGUUAAUUCUGACUUGCUCUAUACGCUAA